AUGAACCCGAAAACGUAUCCGCUGUCGUUCUUCUUCUUCUUCUUCCUGUUGUCGUUUAUUUUACAAAUCGGUCUCGUCAUUUCCCGGGAUAAUUUUGACGAGCAAAAGACUCAAGAAUAUUGGCACCGUUUGGGUGAAAAUGAUUUGAUGAGCUCAUUGAAAUUGGUCAAAAAUGAAAAAACGGCAAAAAACGUCAUCAUAUUCGUGGGUGACGGAAUGGGUCCGAACACGAUAACGGCAUCGAGAAUAUAUCGUGGAGGGGAAACGAGCACAUUAGAUUUCGAAACGUUUCCGAACGUGGCACUAAUAAAGACUUAUUCCGUCGACAGGACCGUACCUGAUUCCGCAUGCACAGCCACAGCGUUAUUCGGUGGCGUUAAAACAAAUGCCGAAGUGACGGGACUCGACGGAAGCGUGACGGUCAAAGAUUGUCUGUCGUCUUUAAACGAGGAUAAAAAAGUUUCCUCGAUCAUGGAUUGGGCUCAAGAUGUCGGAAAAGACACGGGUUUUGUAACUACGACACGUGUCACUCAUGCCACGCCUAGUGCCUUAUACAGUCACUCAGCAAACAGGCAUUGGGAAUGUGAAGCGACGAUGCCACAAUCAGCUUCCCAUUGCAAAGACAUAGCACGUCAAUUGAUCGAAGAUUUACCCGGGAGAAAUCUAAAGGUCAUUAUGGGAGGCGGAAGACAAUGUUUGACGUGGAACAUAACGGACAAACCAGAAAAUCCAAUAGAUCAAUGGGCGUGCAAGAGAAACGACGCAAGAGAUUUGAUAACAGUUUGGAAAUCCGAUAAAGAAAAAAGAAAAUCAAGUUAUCAGGUCUUGACCAACACAAAAGAUCUUUCGAACCUUAAUUACGACAAAACCGAUUAUGUUCUCGGUAUUUUUUCAAACAGUCACAUGCCGUACGAAGACGCAAGAGAUAAAUCACCGGAAGGUCCGCCAUCUUUAAAAGACAUGACGUCGGCAGCCAUUAAAAUCUUGAAAAAAAAUAAAAAUGGUUUCGUGUUAGCGGUCGAAGGAGGUCUCAUAGAUUACGCACAUCACAGAGGUUUCGCGAGAAGAGCUUUGGGGGAAACGGUCAUGUUUAACGAUGCGAUAGCAGAAGCUGUUAAACUAACCGGAAACGACGAUGACACUCUCAUCAUUGUUACGAGCGAUCAUUCGCAUAAUCUAAACAUAAACGGAUAUUCUUAUAAGAAAAACGACAUUUUGGGUAUCGCCAUGAAUUCAAAAGCGGAUGGGGUUCCUUUCACGACGCUGACGUAUUCGACGGGAGGAAUUAAAAAUUAUCAAUACGAAGUGACGGCAAAUAAAAAAAUACAAAGGAAAGAUCCGACGGGUGAUGACACGACAGCAUAUAAUUACACUCAACAGGCAGGAAUUGUAAAUGACGAAUCGACUCACGGUGGUGUCGACGUACCCAUUUUUGCAACAGGUCCGAUGUCUCAUUUAUUUCACGGUGUACACGAACAAAAUUAUGUUGCUCACGUGAUGGCAUAUGCGGCUAAAAUGGGAAUGUAUAAAAACAGACCUGACUUACCUGGAGAAAAUAGUGGUGUUGGUGCCAACAGCAUCCCUUUUACUCUCACUACGAUACUUUCCAUCAUUUUAACAACAAAUUUUCUUUUCCGUUACGUAAUAUUCUAG